AUGACCUACGCGACCCCCCGAUUCUGGGCUGCGCCCUUGACCUACCUCCGUUGGGCAUCCCGCGAGCGUCCCGCCUACUUCUGGUCCAUCGUCAUUGGCGUCGCGGGCCCCGUCCAGCUUGCUAUCGUCCCCCCCGUGAGGAAGAUGCUUGGCGAUGAGAACGCACCUCAGAUUCCCGUUACAUAUCCCGUACCCUCCGGCCCGAGGAAGCAGCUGACUGGCUACGAUGACGAGUAA